CUCUUUACACUUUACUUUUACUUUACCACACAUUCGUGUGCUUCCAAUCGUUUAGUUUCUAGCGCUUAUUUUAAACAAUUUAUAAGUUUUCGGGGGUUUAUUAUUCAUAAUGCUCCAUCACCUCUUAUAGUACAUUAUCUGUAAUUUUGAAUCCGUUUCUGAAAUAGUCUCAUUUCAUGAUGGCAAAUCACUUUUUCUACAGCCGACUGAUGAAAAAACGUCUUGAAAAAUAUAGAAUUUUGUCCAUCGUUGUUAUCUUUACUGUUAUACUAACAGCAUUUUGGGUGAUUGAUAUUGCCAACCUUUUGCAGAAACACACCAGGGCUUUAGAUAACAUUCAAAAAAUGAUUCUUGGCGACUCGUAUAAUAUACAGUUAAAUAAAUAUGGUCUAUAUGAUGAAGAGAGUCAGUGUGACAUUCAACUUAAAGAUUUAACGGGAUAUCCGGAAUGUUUGUCCAAGAUUGAAUGGUUACGGAUAUCUUGGCAAACUCAUUCAUGUUAUGCUGAGUUAGGAGUAGAUGGAUCAGAAUGUUCAUUUCUUCGUUAUCUUAGUGAGGUUGAAAGUUUCUGCCCAAUAAUGGAUAACCGAAAAUUUGUAAAACGACGUAGAAAAGCUCAGAUAAAUCGAGAACUUAAAGGUCUACUUGAUCUAUUACCUGAGUACAAAAACCAUUUAGUAUCAAACACGUUUAUGCGUGCGAGGCUAAAGCGCAUUUGGCCUGAUUGGCUAGAAGGAAUUCAACACUAUAUAAAUGGUGUUAAUUUUUCGUGGCCUGAUUCACUAGAUCAUUGUAAACAUUGUUCUUCUGAUGAUAUGACUUGCUUUAAUCUUUGUCAGUCUACUAAAAUAACAGGUCAACCGUUUUUAUAUGGAAGACCAAAGCUGAACAUUCUUCUUCAUUUGGAAUUUUUAUCGAAUGCUUUUGGUGAUAACAUUUUCGAAACAACGGUAUCCAGAGGUGGUCCUCUUGGUGAACUUGUUCAGUGGACUGAUCUCAUUGGUGCUCUCUAUAUUCUUGGUCAUAGAUUAACAAUUACGUACGAGGCCACUAAUGCAAAGUCGCUUCUUUCAUAUUCAGAUCAUAUACCAUGUAUGGUGAAAGGUAAUGAGUACGAUUUAGUAUACACAGAUAUAACAGGAUUUAGACAGUUAUAUAUCACAAAAAUCCGUACGCCAUUAUGCAAAUUUCGUAUAUUGGAUACAUUUGGAACAGAAGCUCCAUAUAAUCGUAAGGCAGAAAGGUGGGGUGGAUUACAUCUGAAUUUACAACAAUUUUAUACAUUUUUCCCUCAUUCACCGGACAAUACAUUUCUGGGUUUUGUUACGGAAAUAUCCCCGUUUAAAUCUAAAUCUAAUCAAUCAUUGUCUAAGCCUAUUGCUCUUAUCUACGGAAAACAGUCAUACAUGUGGAACAAUAAAACAAAUUAUUUGAGAAUUUUAUCUGAUUACUUUGAAUUACAUGGAAAUGUGAUGGAUAACGUUGAUAAGUUGCCAAAAUUUUUGCAUAUACAUCAAAUGAAAUAUGGUCAACCAUAUUUAGAGUUAAUGUCGAAAGCUCAAAUAUUGAUUGGAUUGGGAUUUCCUUACGAAGGUCCUGCGCCUUUAGAAGCAAUCGCCAAUGGUCUUAUUUUUCUUAAUCCUCGUUUUGAUCCGCCUCACGGUAGAAGCAAUCAAGCUUUUUUUUCUGAUAAGCCCACUUCGCGAGGUCUUACUAGUCAACAUCCGUAUAUUGAAAAUCAUAUCAGUGAACCUUAUUCUUAUUUAAUUGAUAUGGGUAAUGAAACACAGAUACGUCAAACUGCUAAACGUAUUCUGACAACUAUUAAAAGUGGAAGUUAUCGUCCGCACGAAUUUACUCCAUGGGGUUUUCUCGAACGUCUUAAUGCUUAUUUGACACGACAAAAUAUCUGCGCUGCACCUUUUUACAAAAAUUUGAUCCAGUCUCCAUUGCCGAUAGCAAAAGCUGAUACGCCUCCUAAAUUUAACUACCUAGAUGUCCCUAGCACUACCGUUUCAUGGCCUCCAGCAUCAAGUUUAAAGAUAGUUUUGGGAUCUCGUGGUAAAUCUUGUGCAGAUGUGUGUAUGAAUCUGGGAACUUCAGAACAUACUUUAUUACUGCCUCCCGAUAUUUCUGCUUACUCCAUUCGCAACAAAACACAACAUCCCCAAAUACAGAAUGGCUACCUCUACUAUCGUUCUAUUCACGCUACGCCUCCGCAAAACUUGUCUUAUCUUUAUACAUUUCGCUGUUCCCCAGAACAUUUUCCAAGUGUUAAUCAUCGACUAAACCUUCAACAUCUCGGUGUUUCUUGUCCUAAUAUUACUUACACAACUAGUCCAAUGGCACCAUAUUGGGACGAUGCAACAAGUUCAUGUGUUUUUCAAGCUAAUCAUGAAUGGUUUGACUGUACUGCCUCAGGGACUCUUAAUGGAUCUGAUGUAUUUUCUCGUUUUUGUCCUUGUCGUGAUGCUCUUCCUAACCAGAUUUCUUUAUGUUCUAAUUGUUUAUGAAAAGAAUAAACAUACAUUUCUCAGGUAACAUUUUAUUUGCUUUUACCAACUGUUAUAUUUAUAUUUCUAUAAUUAUUUUUAAAUAAAUUUAUUGCAACAUUUAAA